AUGUCACAUCACACCACCGCGCCAUCCCAGAGAGUUAGGAGGUUUUUACCUGAACCUAUUGAAACCAUUACACGCACUUCUAAGUCACAUCAGUCAGUCUCAUAUGUGGGCACGCAGUCUCAUGAACAAGGAGGUACGGAAGAAGGUACAAGGGCAUCCACCGAAUCUCCAAUAAAUAUAGAACCAUCCUGCAGCACUGCGUCGGAGGUCCACAGUCAAAGUCCCCUACAAUCCAACAAUUACCUGGUGAGGCAACAUACCGGAGAAAGACAUGCAACAAAACCGCCACAAUUGCCGCGAACAAGCUAUUUGAGUGGUGAACAGAAUGAAUCAAUUCGCACUGAAGACAAUUCCCUUCAGCUGCGUCCGAGAAAAUUCGUGCCUCAGUUGAUGGAGACAGCUAGCCGCUCAUUUCGUCGCGACCCAAGCCCAUAUGCAACCCCUAAUAAAUGCCGAUCGGAGCUUGAAUCUACAACCCUGAGGCAUAUUAGCGCCUCUGGAGAUGCACCCACUGAUGCUGGGGGCUACGUGGCAUAUGAGUCUCCAUUUUCGUAUUCUAGAAUUCGGCACCGUCAGGAGACAAGAAGGCAUUCCUUUCGGGUUCCCGACCUCCCCGUGAUUCCUUCUAGUGGUAGCGAAGGGUCUGAAGGGUCAGACCUACCAUCGUUGCCCGUCUCGCCAUCUAUUUCCUCCCGACAGUCUGUGAUACACCCAAAAGUAGAGGAAGACCGUAGGGAAAGUUGCGACGAGCUUUUCUCAAGCUACUUACUCUCCCUUGCUGCCCGCUCGGCCGAGAAACAGUUGAGAGAGCAAGCCCUGGCGGCCUUCCCUAAUGAACAAGUUUAUCAGCCUGUGGAUCAUUUUGCCAUUGAUAGAGAAGAAGAGGACUGUUCUAGCCAAGAGGAGCCUAUGAUACAUGGCGGGGAUGAGGUCCUACGAAGGUACCGACGUGCGUCAUCUACGGAUUUGCCGUGGGAGCUCGAAUAUAUGCGGCAGCAUAAAGAGGAGGCUGAAAUGCGAGACCGCGCCAUGGCUGGCACACAGGGAUUGCAUCUCUCACCUGUUAUACCUUCGACGUAUGUAGUUUCCGGUCUGGUGGAUAACCAUCUAAAUCUCAACGGAGAUUGGGAAAGAGAUUGCGAUCCAGUCCAACAAAGACAUGUUACAAGCCCACCGAUGCUAGGAAAUGAUCUUGUCUUUCCUCGAAGUCUGUCACCCGAGGCAACAUUCUGUGAAAGUCGCAAUUUGUCUGGAUGUAAUAGUGGCAUUCACGACUUUCCCGGCCUUUGGCAUGCGACUCCUCAUCUCGAUGACCAGCUUGGCGGUGACGGUCUAUGGAUGGGAACAUGCAAACCCGACAGGUAUUACCGGAAGUCUCAGGAUUAUUUAUCCCACAGUACAUUAGCUCCCACUCAUCGACUGAAAGGAGAGGCUUGGGUGUGGCCAGAAGGAGCGCCGAGACAUGAGAACGAAGUUCCUGUUAAGCCUCGCAAGAAGUUUGGAGUAUCUGAUGGCAAGGAGCGGAACAGUUCUGAGGGAGAUACUGACCAUGAGUUUCAGGAUGCGUUCGUCACUCAGGUCUAUAACUACUUGUCUCUAGGCUAUCCUUGUGCUACUGAUAGAGACAUGUGCAUGCGUUGGUUGGCCCUGCGCUCGUAUAUACGCGAGUGGGCAAGGCAGCAGCCCGUUGCAGCAGAAGAUGACGGCAGUUAUGGGACAUGGGGUGUGCGUGAGCGACGGGGAAGUUGGGCGGGGUGA